AUGGAAGUUUCCGAACCAAAUAUUGAAGGGAGAAAGUCUCCUUUAAAACGUACACGGUCACCAGUAAGUAGAAUUAAGGACAGCAUUAAUUAUUACUUAUUUCCUAAUUCUGGAAAAGAUUCAACCCAACUUGUCGAAUUAACGGUCUCAGAGCAAGAAAGUAAAAUAGAUCAAUUACGUACAUAUUUAGAGGAAUUAGGACAUCCUUUGGAAACUCUACAACUAGAAAAUUUACUGGUGAGAAAUUCUUGGAAUGUGAUGGAAGUAGCUGACUAUUGUAAAGAUUUAGUAGAAGCAGAAGAAGGUUUAGUAUUGGAUAUUCAAAAGGACGUGAUAAUGCUAGGUUCCGAAAACGAUCGAUUUACUAGCUGUUAUAUAGACAGUUUGAUGUUUGCUAUGUUUGCGAGAACGCGAGCUUUUGAUGGUAUGCUUUUUAUUCAGCAAGAAGGAAGAAAUGUACGAAGUUUGCAGACGCAUUUACGAUUAUUCGUAAAUCGGCUUCGAACUGGGAAACAUAUAAAUGCACACAUGGUUAAGCAAUUACGAGAAAGUAUGUUUGAUUGCGGCUGGAUCGGUAAAGAUGAAAGCGAAAAUCCAACGCAAGAAGAUGCUAGUGAAUUAUUCUUAUUUCUAUCAUGCCUUUAUGAACUUCCAUAUCUUCCACUUGAGAUUCAUUUAUUCCAUGGAGGAAGUAAAGACCCAAAUGAUGAGAGAGUUAUAACUGAACGUUUAAUUCAAGUAGCUAUACCAGGAGAUCCACAUGAUGAAACGCCUGUUUCUCUGGAAGAAGUUUUAGUAACUCAUUUUCAUGAUAGUGUUGUGUCUGGAAUAAAGCGGUUUUCAGUGGAUGAUAGUGAACAAACCGAAAUUCCAGUUUCAGCAUGGCAAGUGCUAAAGCUUUUACCGUUUUACUCAGCAAGUAAUGAACAAGGUGAAAAGACGAAUGCAGUUGAGUCACAUUUCCCAGCCAACAAUUUGAUUCUACCGUUAGUACUGAAGAGAUAUGGUUACAACGACCAAAUGCAAUCAUUUCGAAUAAAGAAAAAAAUAUAUAUCCCGGCGUCAAUCAAUUUUAAUCCAUUUAUAAGUCCGGAUGCGGCUGACGAUCAAUGUCACUGUGGAGUUGACACUCAAUAUCGUUUAAAGCUACGAUCAGUUGUUUGUCAUUACGGUGAGACACCCACAAGCGGACAUUAUAAAGGUUAUGCAUUGGACGAUGAACAAGGACAAUGGUAUAGACUUGAUGAUUUAGAUGUAAAGGAGUUUAACACAUUACAGGACAUGACUUUACUUUUUAGUGAUUUCAGUCGGCAUGGUUAUUUACUUUUUUAUGAAUUGCAACGUUUUCAUCCGGGUAUUGUUGAAGAAGAGUUAGCAAUAGAACAUGAUUAUUAUGUUGCACAAAAUUUACAAUUGGUCGAAUUUUUAGAUGAAAUCAAUGUAAAAUCUUUCAUGAACAAACCUAGAAAAGCGUUGAUCUUAAUUAUACCUUUCCUUCUCCUAUGUGAUUAUUUAUUGAUUAAUUAUGCGGUCGUACUCAAGGAAUUAUUCAUAAAAGCCGCAUUGUCAAUACCAACUUUUUUUCGCUUUUUCUUUUUAUAUUCUCCAUCUGCUGAACUUUUUUUAUGUUUUCGUUUUUUCUCCGAAUCAUAA